AUGUCCUCCUCCGACGAGGAGGCUGUCCGCCGCCCCGGACGCAACGCCGCCAAUCAAAGUCCCGACCCGAGCGAUGCUGGCAAUGACUCUGGUGCUGAGAACCAUGGCGCUGGUAAUGAUCUGAUGGAUGACGAUGCUGAUCUCUUCGGAUCUGACGGCUCAGACGGUGGAUUUGACGAUGUUGAUCGACCUCACCGUACCUUGGAUGAUGAGCAACUGGACUCGGGAGAUGAUGAGGGCCGCUAUGACCGACGUGAAGAUCGCAUGGACGAAGGGCCGGAUGGCGAGACGGAGAGUCUCACCAUCGCCGAAAUGACCAUUGCGCGCGCACCAGUGCCAGCUACCAAUGACCCCGAGAUCUACACAAUGCGCGUACCUGACUUCCUCUCCAUCGAAUCGGAAGAGUUCAACCCCGAGACCUACAUUGCCCCUGCGUAUUCUACGGCCGCGACGUCCCUUUGCUGGCGCAGGGAUCCUGCCGACGAAGACAAGCUACAGUCGAACGCGCGGCUAGUUCAAUGGGAAGACGGCUCUAUCACACUCCAGCUCGCCUCCGCACCUCUCGAGCAAUACCGCACGUCAUCCAAACCUCUCGCACCUCUCUCCAAGUCUGGCGAAUACACCACAAAGCUAGACUCUCACGUUUACCUCGGCGCUGGUCUGGAGCAGGCCGAGCUUUUCCGCCUGACGUCGCACGUCACGCAUGGUCUCACUGUUCUACCGACGGCCCUGGAAUCAGACGAUGCCGUCCAGCGACUCCAGGAGUCCUUGGCUGCUGCUGCUCGUGGCAACAAGCAGACCGCAGACGGCGGUGUGCCAAUGAUUAACGUGAGGGAAGAUCCCGAACUCGCUGCCCGCAAGGCCGAGCUCAUGGAGAGGGAAGCUAUGCGCGCUGAGCGCCGCCGUCAGCAGUUGGCAGACCGCGAGGCAGAUCGCACUCGCCGCGUUGCCGCACCCCGUACGAUGGCCAAUGGUCUUAGCGUUGGUGGCUUGGAAGAUGAUGGUCUACGCACUGCCCGCCCUCGCGCUAAGCCGCGUCGCCCCAACCGUCGUGGAGAAAUCAUGACGGACGAAGAGGAGGAUUGGGGUCGUGGUGGUCGCACUCGCGAAGACGAGUAUGACGAGGACGACGGGUUCUUGGUACCGAGUGACGAGGAGCUUGAGGAGGAAGAUGAUGACGAUGACGAGGAAGAGCUUGAGGAUGAGGACAUGGAUGCCGAGGGUGAAGUCGAUGAUGAAGUUGCUCCUUCUAAGCCAACCCGGAAAGAGGAGACUCCCCGAGGCGAUGGUACACCACCAGCUCGGAAGAAGAACCGUUAUGUGGUUGAUGAUGACGAUGAGGAUGAGUGA